AUAUUGAGCUGCAGAAUGGGGAGGAUAAUAUUGAAUUUAUCGAGUUAAUCCUCCCCGGUUGUCGACGCAGUAUUCGAUCACAGAGUAAAAGCCUCUUUCGGGAAGACUUCCCUCAGCCUCUGUAAGAGUGUCCGUUUAACAUGCUUACCGCUCCUGAAGUUCUUCGUACCCAAUAGUACCGUUGAAGGCGAAGCCCUCUCUUUAUCCGUUCAUAGGAAAACGUGGUAUUCUAAAUUCAUUCCGGCCGUUAAGGUCGUCCGAAUCAAAGUCAAGGAUGUGCUGACUAAUUCGCCGGAGCAGAAGUUUCAAGUGGCGCGCAACAAGUUGGACAUCACCAUUGGACUCUCACCCAGUAGCACUGCAAUUGGAUGGAGCCUCUAAGGUUCUGAUGGAGCAUCUACAGAAUGUAAUUUCUGCGCCUCCGAACACUGGUGCCCUUCGUCCUACCACUGAGGACCUCCUUAAUGAGUGCCCUCGUUUAUUUUUAACGACGAUAUCAUUUCAGUCUGGUGUCGGGAAAUCUACACUGAUUGGCCAAGCCUUUGGAAUCGAGCAGGCAGUCGCUGAGGAUGACAAGCCGGGAGAAGCCGAUAUUAAGAAAGAACUUAUCUCGCCGCAGAACGACCGGUUUGUCUUACAUGACAGCAAGGGCUUCGAACCGGGGGAACGCAACAACUAUAGCGAUGUGAAGACGUUCGUAGAAAACCGUAAACAUCAGCCACAUAUCAAAGAUCAAUUGCAUGCGGUCUGGCUGUGCUUCCGAACGCCCCUCGUACAUCAAGGCGAACGGCUUAUGGAAAAAAGCGCAGAGAUACUCUUGCGAGAAGAUAUGGGUGUUAUCGGGGACAUUCCCACCAUAGUGGUAUUCACGCAAUAUGACAGGCUUCUGGUCAGCUUGCAACUGCAGAGAGUUGCCAACCUUGGCUUAGCUGCAGAAGAGUACUUAGAAAAGCAUUGCAUCAAGCCCAUCCAAGAGUUCACUGCAAACCCAAACCUAGCACAUCUCACAGUUAGCUGCGAGGGCGGCGAGCAUAAACAAGGGAUUAAGGAACUGAUUGAACUCACCCAUGAGAAGGUCAUCGCGACUUUUGGGUCCCAGCUGGGCACACCAUCCCCAGUUUCGGUCGUGACCCAAAUGGCACAGAGAGUCUCGCCAAGGUUGAAAAUUGAGGGAUCGAUAACUGCACUGACUUCUGGUGCCAAUUUUGGCAAUCAUACGAUUCUUGAAUGCCUUGCUGUUAUUCAUACUGACAUUGUGUCCGUCUGGAAUUUCAAUGACCCAUCUCAAUAUCUCUAUAGCACUGAAUUUCGAGAACUGAUGAUAAACCUAGUGGGGACCAUUGAUUCGUCGACGCCGCGUCUCCCUCGCGCUGAUAGUACCAAAAACACAUGCGAGUCAGGAGCUCCCAUCUUGCUUUCUCUGCCUAUAAUUCUGCCGUUUAAAGCGGGACUGGGUCUUGUACAAUGGGUUCACGAGAUAUAUCAGCGACUGUGGGUGACAUUACGUUCGGUAUUUCCUACGAGUAAACUCUCUCCUUAGACCGGACGUGCAUCGCAAGUUCAUGGCUUAUGUUGUCGAUCUGGUCCACAUCUUGGAGAUAUUGUUCGCACUCACUGCCAAUAACAACGAAAAGAAGCUUUCCCGUGGAAGCCAUUGGUUUGGCUCUCAACGCAUACUAUCAGUCAGCAAUACAGCGCGAGGCUCGCGAGCAGAUCAUGAGUCGAGACUAUAUAAUCCCGGGUCGCGACGCCGUCCUCGACGAGAU